GACCCUAGUAACGUUCUGGAAUGGUGUUUCCCUACAACCUGCAACACUAAGGAUAUCGCUGCGCAUGUGCUCCAAAGAAUGUCUCGUAAACCCGUCCAAUUGCUUAUGCGACACGUAGUUGAUGUUUACUUGCUUGACACGCCUAUUGAUGCUCACGACUGCCUCAUAUCCCACAUCUACACAGUGCCUAUGCCGCAGUAACUUGGAAACUUUGUAUCGCCGAGUCAUUGUCACAGUAACUGGUCCAACUAUCUCUCCGAUCUCCCUUUCGGUUGAGAAUGCCUCACAAAUGGUUCUUUCAGCCUGGGAAGCAAACAAAAAGGCAAAUGGACUGUUGUAUCGGUGUAACAUUAUCGCAUGCACUUAAAGCAUCUGUCAAUUACACCAAUAACUAAUCAAGGACCUGUGCGUCUCUGCGCGCAGUCCUGGCAUUAUUGGGCUAAGCGGAUCGCAGUGCGAUGUGACUGCCAGACCUAGGUCAACGGGUUCUCUCUGGUGCUCAGAUAUAAAUACCUGCUCAAUAGCCCACUAUUCCCCAUCUUCUCUAACUACCCAUCGUCACUAGCUCAGAACCAAGUCCAUCGAAUACCACCGUCGACAUGUCUGCCCCAUAUACCACCAUCUCCCAAGUCGACCUUCUUGUCGCACAAGGCCCAGCACCCAUCGAGAUUUUAUCACCAUUCGAACGUCGUUUUGCCGCUGCAUCCGACAUCCACCGCAAACUCCUCCACCUGAAGAAGCUCUACCGCGAGCACCCCGAUGUCGAGAGAAGUUACAACGACCGUCGUAGAAGACAGUUAGAUUCCGUGUCCGCUCCUCAAGGGAUGUAUCUGGAGGGCUAUAAGAGGGUUCUCAUGGAGAUUAGCCAGGAUCUAGGUGGUGCGCUUGGUAAUGAUCAAGUGCAUCGUUUCCUGGAUCUUGGCUUCUCUCCGGGAGGAUUUUCGAACUGGCUGCUCGAGAAUAACCCGAGAGCGACAGGUGUCGGUAUCACUCUUCCGGACUCCGAAGCGAAAUACAAGUAUGAACCAACAGGCUUUCUGGCUGAUAACAGGCGGUAUGCACCAUAUUUCGCCAAUAUCAUUACCCUUGUUUUGCAAGCAUUGAGAGAUAGAACCAAUCCUAUCUCCUCCUUGCUUGCAAGCAACGGUAAUAGCCGCGCACCCACCACAUUUGAUCUCAUUAUAGCCGGAGCAUUCCCCACCUUGGAGGGGAGCAUUCCUUGGUACCAACGUGUUCAACUUGCUCUCUGCCAGGUCUAUAUAGUGCUCAACAGUCUCCAGACAAACGGCAUUGCUAUCUUCGUCAUCAAUACCAAACCCUUCAGAUGGCAGGUCGAGAUGAUCGCCAUGAUCAAAGAUUCCUUCCGGUCUGUUGACACGAUGAAAGGAUCUUUACAUACGACUCGCACGUCGUGUUAUUUGGUCUGCAGAGGCUUUCAAACCUCCAGAGCUCGAAACAACAUCUCUACGUAUACUCGCUGGCUCAAAGCAACGUUGACCGCGCUGGAUCGUAUCGCAAUUGAAGCCAGCAAUGACACUGCACAUCCUGCGACUCUUGCAGAGAAUGAUCCAGAGCUACAGAUGCCUUCCAUCUCCGGGCGCAGGGAUGAGGACGUUUUUAACGCCGAGCAUGCAGCCGUUCUUCGGCUCUUUGAGCCCCGAUGGCGUGAACAGUUCAACGCAAUUCGUGACGAAUUCAAGACUGUUCUGGAAAGAUCUCGUGGAGGAAUGGGUAGUUCCAGCUCCAAUUGGCGUAGCCCUCCUGGUGGACAAACCCCGGGACGUUCCAGUACCGGUUUUGGGUUCUCUCGUUCAACCGGAGGUGGGGGUGGCACAGGCGCAUCCAGCAGUGGUAGCUGGCGGCGAGGGCGGUAAUAUAUUUUCUUGGUCGAUUGCCUAGCUUCUUCCUACUUGUACCACCACCUCGACUCAUAUUGAGACCUCAUUGACCACUGGUUAUUGUACAU